AUGAUGGCCAAGCCCACAACCAACUCUGAUGAUGAUUGUGAUGUUGCCUACAAGUCCGUACAAUGGGGCCGUCCAUCAACCUUUGCGGUGGACAUCGCCGCGUCAACUGGCAAUGUCGAGCUGAUCAAGUUCUUGCAUGACAACCGUACAGAGGGUUGGACACCGGAUGCAAUAAGGAAUGCCGUGGCCUAUGGACAUCUCCCAGCAGUUCGCUAUAUCUUGGACAACGAGAUGGGCUGCAUUCAGCCACAACACAUAAUGUUUGCAAUCAAGUCUCGCAAGGCAGACCUGCUUCAAAGUCUGUGUGAGUUGGACAAGGAGUUCGAGCCGACGAUGGAUCAUCUCACGGCAGCACUGACCACACGAGACAUCACAUUGGUUCAAUACCUGUUGGACACCUACUCACAUGUUCAAUGCUUCCAAGAUGUUGAGGAUCAGAUCUUUACGACGGCAUGUGUCGAGGGCAACAUUGAGUUGAUCAAGUACUUGUACACGCGAUUCUCAAACAAGUUGACCAAGGACGAUGCAUUGGCUGUGCAAGUGUGUAGUGCAUCUGGGCCAACAGCAGCCAUACAGGUGCUGCAGUUCCUCUCCUCAUCGGGCUUCCCAAUAUCACCUGAUUGUCUAAAGAGUGCGAGUGAACGAUCACUCCCUCUCACACAAUGGUUGGUGGAGAAUGUGCCCGAGUCUAGAUCAAAGAUCGCGUUGAUCGGCGCUAUCUACUCAAACACAGUCGCCAACGCUGCAUACUUGAUCGAUCGCCUGGACAUAUGGACGCCAUCAGACGUUGCAGAGCUCAUACUUGACGCGUAUAGGGACGAGGCCAAGGACUUUCGUCAGUUCAAUGUGACCAAGUAUCUUCAGAAACGAUUCAAUGUGGCAUGCAGACCACUGAUCAUCGAGAUCACAAAGUGUAAUUCAAGGUGGCAAGCGAGAAGUCUGAUGGCGGCCUACACCCCCGAGGCACUGGACAUUGAUGGCAGGCCAAUCAUUAUCUUUAACGAUCUGAUCGACACUGCCAAUCAAAACGACAUUGAGAACAUGGCCAAGUUCUGGAGAGGUGAGAAAGAUAGGUAUGCCCAAAUACUCUUGGACCAGGAGGAAGAGAGGUUGGCUGCGGCCGAGACUUUGGCCAUUCAAAAGGAGAUGAAUAUAUCAUUAGAGCAGGCUAAGUCUAUCCAAGUAGCCAGGCAUCAGUUGCGGUUGAUCGAGGCGGACAGAGAGAAUAACCAAUAA